UAAACUUACCAAUCCAUCAAAAAUGGCAGCGUCGAACAAAAUCAUCUUCAGCUUAUUAGCUAUUGUUCUAUUACAACUUGCAACACACUGUUCAUCAACAGCUGUAUUGAUUUCUGGUUCGGCUGCUGGUGCUAACGCACACAAUGCUGCCGGUGCCGCUGGAGCAGCCAGAGCUGCCUUAGGAGCUUCUGGAGUUGCUGGUUUAGGUGCUGCAUCUGGAGCUGCAAGAAGAAACGCAGCUGUUGGACUUAAUGGUGCUGCUGGCGCUAAUGCUGCAGGUGCAGCUGCAAGAGCUGCAGGUGCUCUUGGACUUAACGGAGCAGCUGGAGCAAAUCUUGGUGCUGCUGGUCACAAAAAAGGAGGUGCUAUGGGAUUAAAUGCUGGAGCUGGUGCAAGUGCUAUCUCCGCCGCUGCAAGAAGAAACGCAGCUCUUGGACUUAACGGUGCAGCUGGAGCAAAUCUUGGUGCUGCCGGUGCUAAAAAAGGAGGUGCUAUUGGAUUAAAUGCUGGAGCUUCAGCCAAUAUUGGCGCCGCAAAUGCCAAGAAAAAUGGAGCCAUAGGACUCAACUCAGCUGCUUCAGCUAAUGCUGCCACUGCCGCUGCCAAAAAGGGUGGAGCUAUUGGAAUGAAUGUUGGAGCUUCAGCUAAUGCCGUUGCUGCUGCUGCCAAGAAAAGUGGAGCUGUUGGAUUAAAUGCUGGAGCUUCAGCAAAUGCUGCUGCUGCUAAUGCCAAGAAGAAUGGAGCAAUCGCAGCCAACUCAGCUGCUUCAGCAAAUGCUGCUGCUGCAGCACAAAAGAAAGCCGCCGCUGAUGCCGCAAAUGCUGCUGCCGCUGAAAAUGCUGCUGCUGCUGCAGCCAAGAAAGCCGCCGCUGUUGCUGAAAAUGCAGCUGCCACCGCAAACGCCGCUUCAGCUUUACGUAAAAACGCAUUAGCCAUUGCCAGUGAUGCAGUAGCCGUUCGUGCUGAUGCCGCUGCUGCCGCCGCUGAUGAUGCUACAAAAGCAAACAACGCCGUAUCUCGUGGAAGUGAUGGAUUGACCGCCCGUGCUAAUGCUGCCACCUUACUUAGUGAUGCUGCCCGUAGAGCCAGCAAUGCAGCAACAUCUGUUAGUGAUGCUGCCACAGACCGUUUGAACGCUGCUACCGCUGCCAGCAACGCUGCCACUGCUCUUGCAAAUGCCGCUACACGCGCCGAUGAUGCUUGCACUGACGCCGAUAAUGCUGCAUCUAAAGCAAGUGAUGUAUCAGCUAUUGAAUUAGACAACUCUGCACGCGCAGCUGAUGCCAAUGCUAUCGCUACCAACCGUGCUGCUGAAGCCAGCGAUGCCGCUGCUAUUGCCGCUGAUGCCGCUGCCAAUGUUGCUGAUGCUGCAGCCCAAUGUAACAACAAAGUUGCCCGAGUAAGUGACGCUUUAGCUCUCGCCGCAAAUGCUGCUGCCCGAGGAUCUGAUGCCGCCGCUGAAGCUCAAGAUGCUGUUGCCAGAGCAAGUGACGCUGCUGCUGCCCAAGCUGAUAGAGUCGCCAUUGCCGUAAAUGGUGCUACUGCGAGAGACACAGCAAUUGAAGCCGCUGCUACUGCUGGAGCUGCCCAAGUCAAAGCCGCCGGACGUGCAGCUGGAGCUGCAGCUGGUUUAAGAGCUGGUGCCGCUAGAGGUGCUGCCGCAGGUGGCGCCCACGGUCUAGCUGGAGGAUUAGCUGCAGGUUCCAGUGUUGGAAUUGGCGCUGGUGCAGCUUCUGGAUUAGCAAGAGGCGCAGCUGCUGAAGUUUGCGCAGCUAGAAUAGCAUUGUAA